CCGAAAGGGAACGGAAGUUCAAACGCAAAAGCAAGACUCUGACGUCCCAUUUCGAAUAUCACCCGCACGAUUCUUGCCCAUCAUCGACAAAUCGGAGCUCCGCAAACAUCCAACGGCUUAGAUUUCGUGGAUCGCGCUCCUGGGAGUGCACUCGAUCACUGACCUCCUAUAAAAUACUCUUGGGAGGAUGAGCCGAAUGUAAGGAGUGACGUUCUUCACUUCGCUUGGGGUCACAGUCACUUGCCACCAAAACCAUGUUGCGGUUUUCGAUUCAGAGAGUGAAAAAGUUGCAGGCUUUGAGGCCUCGGAUUCUUGCUUUUGGAAGUUCUCGUUUCUCCACUGCGACCGAGCCUUCUUCGAGACAUGGGCAACCACCGAGGGUUCCCAAUCUCAUCGGAGGUGCUUUCAUUGAUUCAAAAUCAUCUUCCUUCAUUGAUGUGACAAAUCCCGCUACACAAGAAGUUGUCUCCCAAGUUCCAUUAACUACAAAUGAAGAGUUCAAAGCUGCAGUACAUGCUGCAAAAAAGGCAUUUCCUUCCUGGCGGAAUACGCCAGUCACGACCCGUCAACGCAUUAUGUUCAAGUUACAACAGCUUAUUCGGAGAGACAUGGAUAAGCUUGCCAUGAACAUAACCACCGAACAGGGAAAGACCCUGAAGGAUGCACAAGGAGAUGUUUUUCGUGGGUUAGAGGUGGUAGAACAUUCAUGUGGGAUGGCUACACUUCAGAUGGGAGAGUAUGUUUCCAAUGUAUCAAGUGGAAUUGAUACCUACAGUGUCAGAGAGCCCCUUGGAGUUUGUGCUGGAAUCUGUCCCUUUAACUUCCCAGCAAUGAUUCCUCUAUGGAUGUUUCCAGUUGCAGUGACAUGUGGUAACACCUUUGUUUUAAAGCCAUCUGAGAAAGAUCCUGGGGCGUCCAUCAUGCUAGCAGAGUUAGCACUGGAGGCUGGUUUGCCUGAUGGUGUACUCAAUAUAGUUCAUGGAACAAGUGAUAUCGUCAAUGCUAUUUGUGAUGACGACGACAUCAGAGCUGUGUCAUUUGUCGGUUCCAAUACUGCUGGCAUGCACAUUUAUUCAAGAGCAUCAGCCAAGGGAAAACGUGUUCAAUCAAAUAUGGGGGCCAAAAACCAUGCCAUUGUCUUGGCUGAUGCAAGUGUUGAUGCAACUUUAAAUGCUCUAGUUGCUGCUGGAUUUGGUGCUGCUGGACAGAGAUGUAUGGCGCUCAGCACAGUGGUUUUCGUUGGAGGAUCAAAGUCAUGGGAAGACAAACUGCUGGAGCAAGCUCAAUCACUUAAAGUGGAUUGCGGAACCAAACCUGGUGCGGACCUAGGUCCAGUUAUUAGCAAACAAGCAAAGGAACGGAUAUGCAACCUGAUACAAUCUGGCGUUAGUGAUGGUGCCAGACUAGUGCUUGAUGGGAGAAACAUAGUGGUUCCUGGGUAUGAACAUGGUAAUUUCAUCGGGCCCACCAUAUUGGCUGAUGUCAAGCCUGAGAUGGAGUGCUACAAGGAGGAGAUCUUUGGCCCUGUUCUGCUUUGCAUGCAGGCUCACAGUUUUGAGGAGGCCCUGGACAUUGUCAACAAAAACAAAUAUGGAAAUGGAGCAUCUAUAUUCACGACAUCUGGUGCAGCUGCGAGGAAAUUCCAGUCAGAGAUUGAAGCUGGACAGGUUGGCAUCAACGUUCCUAUCCCAGUUCCUUUGCCCUUUUUCUCGUUUACUGGUUCCAAGGCUUCGUUCACGGGUGACCUUAACUUCUAUGGCAAGGCCGGGGUUAACUUCUACACCCAGAUCAAAACCGUGACACAACAGUGGAAAGAUUUGCCUAGCGGGAGUGGAGUUUCGCUGGCCAUGCCAACUUCCCAAAAGUGAUCAUGUGCAUUAUUGUAAUUAUCCCUGGGCACUCCUUGGAAAAUUUGAAUAAAUUCUUCCUUGCAAAUUCAA